AUGCAAAAUAACGCAUCGAAUACAUCGUUUGAGCUGAAAUUCUGGGACUAUUUCAUUGAGAGCGCCAAUGCUACCGAUAUGGAGAUAGAUACUGUGCCCACAUCCGACCAGGGUUUUGUGGUAGCGAUGUAUAGCACAUUAUUUGUUAUCGGUGCCGCUGGAAACGUGUGUGUGUUUGUGUCGCUCGUACGCUCUAGAAGAAGGAAAUCUAGGGUUAAUCUACUAAUGACUCAUCUCGUUGUAGCAGAUUUGAUUGUAAUAUUUAUAGUAAUACCUCUUGAGAUCGGGUGGAGAACGACAAACGCAUGGUUGGCUGGAAACAUAGCGUGUAAAUUUUUUCUAGUUCUACGAGCUUUCGGACUUUAUUUGUCAUCGAAUGUUUUAGUCUGCAUAUCCUUAGACAGAUUUUUUGCUGUUAUUUAUCCACUCCGCUUAGCUGUUGCCAGAAACCGGAGUAAAACAAUGCUGUGGUUUGCGUGGCUUAUCGCUUUCUCGUGUAGUUUACCACAGAGUCUAGUUUUCCGAGUGAUGCACCAUCCAACUGUUCCCGAGUUUCAGCAGUGCGUAUCAUUCGAAGCUUUCUCAAAUCAAUAUCAAGAGUUGGCGUACAACGUCAUGUGUUUACUGGCGAUGUACUUUUUACCUCUCGUCAUUAUAACAGUUUGCUACGCCUGUAUCUUUUGGGAAAUACAUACAAACUCUAAGGAUAUGUCGGGCAAAUCAGCAACCGCAGAUACAGGGCGUAUACAAUUGAGAAGAUCAGACCAACGACCCCUAGCCCGCGCGAGGCGUCGCACACUCCGCAUGACGGUCACUAUCGUCAGCGUGUUCGCCUUCUGCUGGCUGCCGUACGCAACUAUGACUUUGUGGUAUAUGUUGGAUCGUAAAUCAGCAGUGCAUGUGUCAGCUCGAGUCCAGGAUAUGUUCUUCAUUAUGGCAGUUUCAAAUUCCUGCAUGGAUCCUCUGGUUUAUGGCUCUUAUACCCUGGAUAUGAAGACUAUUAACAAGAAACUGAAAAGCAUCUUCUGUAGUGGAAGUUCCGGCGACACUAACAGAAUACUGGCAGAUCCAGAACACUUCGGCUGUAAAGCUACUACAAAAGAGAAAAAUCGUCCAAUAAAUAAGUACCCAAAAUGUCGCCGUCACUACGCUGUCGGUUUCCAAGAAAGUUCAUUGAUUCCGAGCGCCAACUCCGAUCCGGUACCAAGUUGGAGUGAAAAUUUAAAAUUGCAACCAACCAAAGUUUGUGACAUUUUUACGUUACAGUCUACUAAAGAUUUGGGG